AUACCCGCAGACGACCUUCACCAGCUCCCGCAACCCGCACCCGCGUCCCGAAACUCUCCACUCACCCGAAACCGAAUUCAAAAUGGCCAUCAAACCGAUUACCGGCAUGCUCAAACGACAGAUCGUGCUCGAUCUCUCUGUUGCCAUGGGUAUUGGCGUUGUUGCCGGCUACGGCUGGUGGUACGGCUACCACGUCCCCGCCGUUCGUCACCGUGACGCUUUCUACCAGAAGCUCGAGGACGAGCGCGCAUCGGCUCUGGGCCAGAAAUAGACGACGAUUGUGCGAACGUGGGCAUGAUGUCUUUGUCAAUUAAUCAUCGGAUGAUGGAAAGGAUGAUGGCUGUGGAUUGGGUGCAUCCCAGGUAGAGUGGAGUCAUAUAGAGCAAGCCAAAUCAAACACGGUCAAACAG